AUUAUUAAAAAAAAAAAAGGCUCAGAUCGCUAUUAACAUUCCUAUUGAUUAGAUACUAUUUCUGACCUUAUAGGCAGCUUACAUUCUAAUGCAUAAUAUAAAUGCUAUAAAAUUGAAGUAAAAAUGUCUAUUCAGUUAAAUAUAGAGGCACCUGAUCUAGGGAAGCAACAGUCGUGCAGAUGGUGGCUAAAGAGCUAAGGGCUUAACAGAUUUAAAGGGGUUUAAAAGAACAAUUAGUUACUUCUAAUGCUAUUGCUACAAACUUUUUUUUUUUUUGGUGAUGUUGGCAAAUGAAUACAGGACAUCAUGCAUGCUAGACACCAUACUCUACUACUGAGCUGUAUUCCCAGCCCUGUUUUUAUAAACUUUUAAUUUGGAACUGGUUUAAUAUAGUAUUUGUCAGCCUUUAAUAACAUGAAUAACAUCUAGGGUUUUGUUUAUGGUUCUUUAAACAGUGAUGUACUUGAUUUUUUUUUUUCUUUCUCCUGCUAAAGGCUAGGCAGUUUUUGAAGAUUAUGGCUUGUAUUGUGAAUGAUACCAAGAAAAACUAAAAGUGGGCUAUGAAACUGCCAUCCUCUGGAAAUAUUAGUAGCUUAUGGAGGUCCCUCAGCUGUUAGUCUCUGAACUAUUGCUGUUUUUUCUGUUUUAGGGAAAUUCUCAAAACACACUGUAAAAAGAGGCUUUAGUUACAUGGGUAUCUCUCUGUUGUAGGGCAACUACGUGCAGGUCCCGGGAAAGUGUCGGAUACCCUGGGGCUGGUUUUAUAGGUGGUUGUAAGCUUGCUAAUGUGCUGAGAACUGAAUUCUGGUGUUCUGGAAGAACAAGUUUCAGUCAUAACCACUGGGGCAUUGCUUCAGCCUCUCAAACAUUUUAAAUGAGUGGUAUCCUUUAUUUUAUUAUUUAGAUUCUCAUUUUACAAUCAGUGUCACCAUAGUCAACUCUCAUCUUCCCAACUGAUUUUUUAUUGCAAAGGCUAAUUAUAAUUACAACUUUUUUCUGUUUCAAAUCUUCAAGUUAAAAUUAUCACUUUAAGGGGCUGCAGAGAUGGCUCAAUGCUUAAGAGCACUGUUGGUCCUGAGUGGAAUUCCCAAUAACCACAUGGUGGCUGAUAGCCAUCUAUAAUGAUGGCGCCCUCUUCUGGAAAUGCACAAUUUUGAGGACGAGUUAACGUGUCCCAUUUGUUAUAGCAUCUUUGAAGAUCCUCGUGUACUGCCAUGCUCACAUACGUUUUGUAGAAACUGUUUGGAAAAUGUUCUUCAGGCUUCCGGAAACCUGUACAUAUGGAGACCUCUGAGAAUUCCACUCAAGUGUCCUAACUGUAGAAGUAUUAUUGAAAUUGCUUCAACUGGCAUAGAAUCCUUGCCUGUAAAUUUUGCAUUAAGGGCAAUUAUUGAAAAGUACCAGCAAGAAGAUCACCCAGAUGUUGUCACCUGCCCUGAACAUUUCAGGCAACCAUUAAAUGUUUAUUGUCUAUUAGAUAAAAAAUUAGUUUGUGGCCAUUGUCUUACUAUAGGCCAACAUCAUGGCCAUCCUAUAGAUGACCUUCAAAGUGCCUAUCUGAAAGAAAAGGAUACACCUCAGAAAUUGUUUAAACAGUUAACCGACACACACUGGACAGAUAUCACUCGUCUUAUUGAAAAGCUUGAAGAACAAAAAUGUCAUUCUGAGAAAAUGGUUCAAGGUGAUAAGGAAGUCGUUCUGCAGUAUUUUAAGGAGCUUACUGAUACAUUAGAACAGAAAAAGAAAAUAUUUUUGGCAGCUCUCUGUGAUGUUGGCAAGAUGAUUAAUCAAGAGUACACUCCACAGAUUGAAAGAGUGAAAGAGAUAAGGGAACAACAACUUGAGUUAAUGACAGAGACUACAUCUUUACAAGAUGAGUCUCCACUUAGAUUUCUUGAAAAAAUUGAUGAUGUCCGCCAACGUGUGCAGAUGUUGAAAGAAAGACCACUUCCUGAGGUUCAGCCGGUUGAAAUUUAUCCCAGAGUAAGCAAAGUAUUAAAAGAAGAGUGGAGCAGAACAGAAAUUGGACAUAUUAAAAAAGCUGUCAUUCCUGAAAUGAAAAUUUCUUCAAAAAGGAUGCCUUGUUCCUGGCCUGAUAAGGAUGAAAAAGAAAUCGAAUUUUUUAAAAUUUUAAACAUUGUUAUAGUUUCACUAAUUUCAGUGAUAUUAAUGUUGAUACUCUUUUUCAACCAUUACAUAAUAACUUUCUUAAAUGAAAUCACUUCAGUAUGUUUCUCUGAAGUCUCUCUGUCUAUUUACCAAAGUUUAUCUAAGAAUUUAUAUGACUUUAAAAAUAUGUUAUGUUACACUUUAGAUCUGCUAAAGGAAUUCAUGUGGAAAAUAGUUUCUCGUUGAAAACCUCAACACUUUUAAGUGGUCUUUAUUCUGUACAGCAGAGGCUAACCAUUCCUAGAUGGAAAAGUCAGGGUAGCAUAAGUAGCAACUAUAGUUACAACGAAUAUAUAGAAAUAUGACAAACUUUCCAUGGUUGGGUAGAAAUGCUGUAAGAAAUGAGACUUACCUGAAAGAAUUCAAAUCAUUAGAAAAUUUUAAAUUUUGGUUCAAAUAUUAAUACCUUGUUUUUUAUUGGCUUGAUAGUGUUUUAAAUAUUCUGUUUAACAAGGACUUUUUGUUACAUGCUACAGUGGUUAACUUUGCAGUUCUAUGUAUAUGUAGAUCUUAAAAAAAAAAAAAGAUCCUUAGGGUCCACAUAGCGAUUUCGAUGUGAUUUGAAGCUUUUCAAUGUAUAGAUGGAGGUGGUAAAAGUAAUUUUAAAUGUCUGGGCCAGGAUUGCUCAAGUCUUUUUUUGGUCAAAUCUGAAUGAGCAUUCAUCCCCAAUAGCACUACUACUUUUGGAUAAGUUUUAGGUGUCUAGUGCGCUGAGUUUAAUGGCUGAAGAGGUCACUGUCAGCCUGGAUAUAGUGAGGUCUCAAAACCAACCAACCAACCAAAAAGGCCUGGUUCCAGAGCCCCUGCCUGGUCUACUGGCUCCAGCAUCACAAAGCAAAACAAGUAUGUAUUUUGGUUUUGUAGGGUUUUAGUCUUAUUCACAGAUAAAAACUAUGAGACAUGAACAUUAGGACAAUCAUGUUGAUGUGAUUCACUUGAUAUCAUGUGACCUAUAUUUGUCUUAAAAUAUAGCCUAAGUGCUGAAAAUUACAAGUAUGAGACACUAUAAAGAGCUCAUUAAGUCAGAACCAUUAAUUUUGCUCCCUUAAUAGAACUUUGGUUCACUAUCAUUGAAAACUUGAACACAAACUGAUUUCUUUUCCAGAAACUCCAAAUGGGUUAGAAUCACCACCCCUGGGGACCUCAUUCCAAAGAUCAGAUUAGGGAAUACUAUUACACUUAUUGAUUCCAUAUAGAGAAAAGCUGUGUUCAAGGUGAAGUUUUAUCACUGUCAUUAGGUCCACUUAGCAGCAUCAAGAUUUUAUCCAGCACUACUACUAAUAGAGGUGAAAGAAAAUGAAGUUCAGUUCUUAACAGAUACAUACAUCAUGAGCACUAUUUUUCAGUAUAAAUAUUAGCAAAGAAUGUUAGCUAAGACAUUUUUCAAGGGGUUAACAACUUUGUGUAGAUGAGGAAACAAAACAAUGAAGUGCCAUAUUAGCAGGUGGAAGAACUCAUUCUUCUCUGUAUAUUAUGCUUAUAAUUUCAGCCUAAAACACAUGCGUAUUACCUUAUGGGCUUGACAGUUUUUAGUACACAAACCACCUUUUAUGUUGUCUGGAAAGAGUAAUUAAGUAUUGCUUAUUUUUACUAGGAGGUUGAGAUUAUGCAAUUUAAAGUGCAUGUUUGGGAAUUCUGGGUUUUAUGUGUAACAAUAUAUUUUAAUAAACUUGAUAUUUUAUUGAAUGGCUUAGAAAA